AUGCUGGAAACGAUAUAUGUCACUCGCCAUGGGUUCCGAUCCAACUGGCUUGUUGACCCGUCCAACGGCAGCUACACAUCGUUUCUCAAGUCACCCACCGGCCUCGCCGCCGACCCAACCCUGACGGCGCACGGCGUCGACCAGGCCAAUGAGCUCGCCGCCAAGCUGCUCACUCUCGAUCCCCCCGUUGAGCGGGUGUACUCCAGCAUGUAUUACCGCUGUCUGCAGACGAUCGAGCCGUUCGUGCGCGAGGCGCAGCGCCGGAGACAACGCCGGACGCCGCGGACGCAGCAGACGCAGCCGCAAGCGGCGGAAGAACCCGGCACCGGCGGGAGAUCGCCACCCCUGCUGAAAAUCCGGGGUGAGACCGGUCUCGGUGAGUGGUACGGCAGUGCCGAUUUCGAACACCCAGCCCCGGCGAGCAUCGCAAUACUGGACCCGCUCUUUCCAGACCUGAUCGAGUCAGAUUACGAGCCGAUGGUCACGCCAAACCGCAAGGGGGAGGGCAUCGACGAGUUGCACGACCGGGUGGCGGCGGCGAUGGAAGCGGUGGUUGCGCAGUGUGACAGGGACGGGGUGCGGACGGUCUUGUUGUGUUCACAUGCGGCCGUGAUCAUCGCUCUUGGUCGCGUGCUGACCGGGGAGAUGCCUGAGAGUAUUGAGACCGACGACUUCCAGUGCUUUACGUGCGGCUUGAGUGAAUACCGGCGCCGGGGAGAUUUGGGGGGCCAGAGAUCGGACGUUGUUGCUUCCGGGAGGCCGACCGCUGUGUCUAAGACCAAUCAUGGCAGCAAGGACGCCAACGUGAACAACUGGAGAGGAGGCCGGGGAGUAUCGGGAGGCUGGAUCUGUUUACUGAACAGCGACUGCAAGCAUCUUUCUCUGGGUGAGGAGCGGGGAUGGCGAUUCCUUGGCGACGAGUCUUUCAAGAGUCCGGAGACAGGGCAGAGCAUGUUGGGGAGCACGGUAGCCCCGGGCAGUGUUUCCCAAGACAGGGACAAGAGUGAGAGGAGUCGAGAGGAGGCAACGAGAGGGAAGCUUUAG